AUGGAAGCUCACAAGACGGCCGUAGAUGCGCUGGCCGCUCAAGUCAAGCGGUUCCACGUCCGUCAGCAGCCCUUCCGUAUCUAUCAUGGCUCGACCAACUCCACGCGCCAGUCGCAGCACCACGCGCACAACACAGUCAGCACCGCCGACCUCAACCAUGUGCUGCACGUCAACGAGGUCACCCAGACCGUGACCGUCGAGCCCAAUGUGCCCAUGGACGCCCUGGUGGCCGCCACCCUCGAGCACGGCCUCGUCCCGCUGGUGGUGAUGGAGUUCCCCGGCAUCACCGCGGGCGGCGGCUUCUCCGGCACAUCCGGCGAGAGCAGCUCCUUCCGCCACGGCUUCUUCGACGCCACCGUCCUGCAGAUCGAGAUCGUGAUCCCGAACGGGGAGAUCCGGUCGGCGUCGCCCACCGGCCCGGCCGCCGAUCUCUUCUGGGGCGCCGCCUCCGCCUUCGGCACGCUGGGCGUCGUCACGAUGCUGGAGAUCCAAUGCCGGCGCGCGCUGCCCUUCGUCGAGCUCACCUACCUCUCCACCACCAGCAUGUCCGAGGCCAUGGAUACCAUCCGCGCCAGCACCGCCGACCCGACGAUCGAGUACCUCGACGGGAUCGUCUACGCCAAAGACCACAUCGUCAUCUGCGCCGGCAAGCUGACCGACACCUUACCCACGGCCACAGCUACAUCGCCAGCGGCAGCUCCCAUCCAGCAAUUCACCCGGCCCCACGACCCAUGGUUCUACCUCCACGCGCAAGCUCGCGCGCCUCGUCGCCCCUCCCCCUCAGCAUCACCCACACCCCCUUCCCUUCCAAAAGACCACAUCCCCCUCCAAGACUACCUCUUCCGCUACGACCGCGGCGCCUUCUGGACCGGCCGCUACGCCUACUCCUACUUCCUGACUCCCUUCACCCACCUGACUCGCUACCUCCUCGACAACUUCAUGCACACCCGCGUCAUGUACCACGCCCUGCACCAAAGCGGCCUCGCCGCGCAGUACCUGAUCCAGGACGUCGCCGUCCCGUACACCGCCACCACCACCUUCCUGGAUUGGUUAGAUGCACCCGCCAACUUCGGCCACUACCCCAUCUGGCUGUGUCCGCUGCUCGUGCGCGACGAAGGCGGCGGCCUCAUGACCACCUCCGGGCGACGCCGGCCCCGCCCCAACACCCAAGCCACCCCUACCCCUACCACUACUGUUACCACUAUUUCUACUCCGCAGGAUGAAACACACACCCAAGCUACCGCGCAAACUCCGCUGGACCAGGACAGGGGCAAGGAUAAGGCAGCCGCCACCGCCGACGAAGACGCCAAAUACCUCCUCAACUUCGGCCUGUGGGCCCCCUCGCCGCACCGCGGGGACGCCUUCAUCGACCACAACCGCCGGCUCGAGCGGAAGGUCCACGCCCUCGGCGGCAAGAAGUGGCUGUAUGCGCACGCGUACUACACCGAAGCGGAGUUCUGGGAGAUCUAUGAUUGGGAACGGUACCGCGGGUUGCGGGAGAGGUAUCAGGCGGCGUAUUUGCCGGAUCUGUGGGAGAAGGUGAGGAUAGCUUGGGGCAAGAGGGACUGGACAUUGUGCGAACGGUAA